ACAAGGUUAUAAAUUGCUAGUUUCAUGGUCAAUUGCCAAAACCCUUCCCUGUGCCCGUGACGAUUGAAUUUUUAUGGAAUUUUUAGACAACGACAAAGAAAAGUCCACUUUAUUCGUACGUUCGUAAUACAUAGUUUUUGAAUAACGGUGUCAAAGUUACUCCAACUCAAAAGUAGAAAAAUCUCAUUGUGAUAAAACUUAGGUAUUGAAAAUCAAAAUGUCAACUCCAGCAAGAAGACGCCUGAUGAGGGAUUUUAAACGCUUACAAGAGGAUCCACCUACAGGUGUGUCAGGAGCUCCAACUGAUAACAAUAUUAUGAUCUGGAAUGCUGUGAUAUUUGGCCCUCAUGAUACUCCAUUUGAAGAUGGAACAUUCAAACUCACAAUAGAAUUUACAGAAGAAUAUCCAAAUAAACCCCCAACAGUACGAUUUGUAUCAAAAAUGUUUCAUCCAAAUGUUUACGCCGAUGGUGGAAUCUGCCUAGAUAUCCUGCAAAACAGAUGGAGUCCUACUUAUGAUGUUUCAGCUAUACUUACUUCUAUACAGUCAUUAUUAAGUGAUCCCAACCCAAACUCUCCAGCAAAUUCGAUGGCCGCACAGCUUUACAAGGAGAAUCGACGAGAAUACGAAAAGAGAGUGAAAGCAUGUGUAGAACAAUCAUUUAUUGAUUAGCAGGGGACACUACUGACUUUAUUUGUCAGCGUCACAUCAACAGUGUUGCCGAGGAAACCGGCGUAUACAUGCAUUCAUUGGAAUGAGAGUGUAAAUUGUAAAUUUUAUUACUUGCAUACUUGUUUGGACAUUUUCAGUCAAAAUUUAUAGCAAAUAAAUGUUUUCGUUUUGUUCAUAUUAAAUUUAUUAGUGAGAGUCAAUGCAAUUGGUGUAAAUCCAAAUUGGGUUUAUAAACCAAAUAUUAUCCAAUGGCAAUAACUUGAAAACAUUAUUUAAAAUAUACCAAGUUAUGUAUUAUAAAUAAAAACUACAAUAAUAUGUACAAUGAGCAAAUCUUUCAUUAAAUCACAUAUUUUCACAUUACAGGAAAACACUGUACAUAUUAUUAAAUAGUUGGAACGCGAUUUUUCUAGUUUAUCCUAAAACUAGUUUUAACCAAUAAUUACUUCAUAAAACAGUAAAUUUUGCAUGUAAUAAAGAAUUUAAGUUAAAACUAGUUUUAACUAGACAAAACAGAU